AUGGAUUCGACUGGAAUGGGUUCUACUGAAAUUGGUGAAGCUAGUGAGGCACCUGAUGGCGAUGAAGAGGAAUUUUUGUUUAGGUAUUCCCCAGCAUCGUCCUAUGAAGAGGAGGAGGUAGGUGAUGAUUUUAGUACCCCCAAAAGGACAAUGGUAAGAACCGCAUUUGGGGAAGAGAAAGAAGUUCCCCAACUAAAGAUUGGCAUGGUUUUUCAUGAUUGGGAGGAGAUUGAAGAACAAUUUAAGGCGUACGGGAGGCAAGGCUUUGCUGUAGUAAGACGAAGCGGUGCUUAUAGGUCUUAUAGUAGCCAGUCGAAGGAUGGUAGUAAAGAGUUAGUGAAACAAAAGCGUAAUGCAUUGUGGACUUGUGAGUGCUUUGGUCAGCCAGAUAGGAAGCGCAAGGAGAAGGCGAUUGUUCCCUUCGAUUCCCCGCUCCAUGAAAUAGUUGGGAGUGGCAUACGGAAGUCUAAGAAAUGUCAAUGUCCCGUCCAUGUGUAUGCUAGUGUAAAUAAUUUAGGUCAGUGGGUGAUACGUAGAGCUGUAAUGGUACAUGAGAAUCAUCACCCAACCCCUUCCAAGUCCAGAACUAUUGCUUGUUUUCGUAAAGGAUUUAUAAAAGAGAAUCCUCAUGUAGUGUCACAAAUGAAGGUGUGUUCGAAAUCUGGGAUGUCAGUUGCCCAAACGUUUAACUUAAUGGCUACGCAACGGAAUGGCAAAGCUUUAAUGCCUUUCUCACAGAAGGAUAUUAAUGAUGUGGUUGCUAAAGAAAGAAAGGCAAGGAUGAAGGGGGGUGAUGCGAAUGCCAUGUAUGAGUAUUUUAAGAUGAUGAAAGAAGAUAAUCCAAAUUUUUACUUCAUAUAUAGGCAAGCGCCAGAUGGUCGGUUGCAGGAUGUGCUGUGGGUUGAUGCUCGUAGUAGAGCGGCGUAUGAGGAGUUUGGUGAUGUUGUAUGUUUUGAUACUACGUACUUGACGAAUCAGUACAAAAUGCCAUUCGCGAACUUUGUAGGCGUAAAUCAUCAUGGUCAAAGCAUAUUACUUGGGUGUGCCUUGGUAUCUCAUGAGAACUCUGAUACUUUUGAGUGA